AUGUCCAGUAGUAGUAACUCUGUGGAUAACUAUGAAGACUUGAGCGAACAGGGAAUUGAGGGGGUUUCGAGCUGGGGGGCGAAUAUGGAGGAGGAAGCCAAUAAACAACACGAAGAACAGCAAAUACAACAGGAGGAGCAAGAGACGGAACAGGGAGAUGGGGGGGAUGGGGGAGACAGGGGGGCAGAGCAGACGGGGGAGGGGGAGGAUAUUUUGAUGGAGUCUUCUUCGGAGAUGGAUAUGCUUGGUGGGGGGAGGGGGGUGUCAGAAGAACAGAGAAGGUACGGGGAGCUGGAGCUUGAGUCGUAUGGCAAUCUGGAGGAUGAAGGUAGCAACACUGACUUGGUGUCAAAUAGUGCGGGGCUUGAUUUUGCAGCGGGAGUGGAUGGAAUGGAUGACGUAUUGUUGGGGGUUGUAGAUGAGCAGUCUGCAGAAGCAGGAUACGCAGCAGGCGCCGAAACAGAAUCUGGGGAAACUGCAGAGGCAGGUAAUUUGGGGUUGGAAGGAGAAGAAGAUCGGGAGCAAUCCGAGUUAUCAGAGCAGCGAAAAACAGUUGAAGAAGAAAGUGUGUUGCAGCAAAGUUUGGAUGAGGAUGAUGUCGCAAGCUUUUCCGAGGAAUCGCGGCAGCAGGAAAAGGCUGUGGACGAUGGGAUCUCAGACGCCCUCCCAAAGGAAUCUAUGGGAGAAGAGAUGGACAUGGGUCACAAAGAACAAACUGGUACCGUAGAUGAUAUCAAGGAGGAAUUUGAAGCUAUCAACAAGAACGAUGCUAAAGCGGAGGACGAGGACGAUAAUGAAAUGGAUACCAUACGAGAGUCCAACAAAGCACAGUCCAAGGGGGAGGAGGCUGAGCCAGAAUAUGUAGUCCCCCAAACGCAUGAGAUUGUUAUACCCUCUUACGCUAAGUGGUUCCAUCUUAAUAAAAUUCAUGAGAUUGAAAAGAAAUCACUUCCUGAGUUUUUUAUCAACCGUAUCCCGUCCAAAACCCCGCAAGUCUAUGUGAAGUAUCGAAACUUUAUGGUAAACUCCUACAGGCUGAACCCUAAUGAAUAUUUCACCUUUACUUCUGCAAGACGGAAUCUGUGUGGUGACGCGGGAUCUAUUUUUAGAGUCCACAAGUUUCUCUCGAAAUGGGGUUUGAUUAACUACCAAGUUGAUAGCAAACUGAAACCUAAGGCUGUUGAGCCGCCUUUCACAGGUGAAUAUGCAACAAGGCAUGAUGCUCCCCGCGGUUUGUUUCCCUUUCAAUCUUACAAGCCUGCAGUACAAAUUCCCGAUAUGUCACGUUUGAAGAAGAUGAUGACCCAAUUAAAAGAUCCCGUUCUCCAUGUUGACGAAGAAUCGCAGUCGGAGUUGAAAAUAGAGGAUGACCAAGAUAAAUUAACAAACGGUAAAAGGCUGUCGAAUGGUACCGCUGGUAGCAGCUUCAAACCACCUAAAAAACCAAGACUUGAGGAUAUGAUAGACAAGAAUUGGACAAAAGAGGAAGUUUUAAAACUAUUGAAAUCUCUCCAACAAUAUGGUGCUGACUGGCUCCAGGUUUCUAAAGAUGUUGGCAAUAAGACUCCUGAACAAUGUAUUCUGAGAUUUUUACAGCUUCCUAUCGAGGAUAACUUUUUAGACGAUCAAGAGACGCUGGGUCCACUAAAAUAUGGCGCACACUUGCCCUUCAGUAAAGCCGAUAACCCAGUUAUGAGUACAUUGGCUUUCUUGAUUGGUUUGGUUGACCCGAAAACAAUCCAAUCAAUGACCCAAAGAGCAAUCAAAAUGGUUGGCGACAACGAAAUAGACUCUAAAAGAGACCCCGAUGAGACUAUAGCAAGCACAGUCAAAGAGGCUACGGAAGUUGCUGUUUCAACUUUAGGUUUUAGAUCACAUGUGUUUGCCAGUAACGAGGAAAGACAAAUAAAUUCGAUAACUAACGAACUGAUUAAUACACAGUUAAAAAAAGUUGACUUGAAGUUGAAGCUGUUAGAUACCAUGGAAAAGUCAUUAGAAAUGGAGCGCAAGGCACUGCAAAAGCAACAAGAAGAAGUUUUUGUGCAGAAGUUUUCAUUUUCAAGACAUGUAGCUAAUAUGCUAGAGAAGUUUGAUAAUAUAUUAAAUGAAUACCCAGAUCCUGAUAGAUUACGGGAGCACAUGGAAUCCCUCAAAAAGAUGGUUACAAAUCCUCCAACCUUCUCUAUCGGUCCAACGUCUGAUCAAACACCGGGCUCUGCAUCCAAUGGUCCGAAUCAGACCCCUCUAACUGCUGCAAACGAAGCAAGCGUUACUUCGUUUGAUGAAUCACAUGUCAAACCUGUGUCGAUGGAUGCCCCACAAUUGUACCGGUACUGGUCUGGUUGA